GUCGACGACUUCUUUUCUUCCUAUACACUUGUGGACUUUUGUUUGUGGUAUACACCUUUCGUUGUUCAAUAUGCGUUUCACAGUCACCGUCUCCAUCGUCAGCUUUGCUGCUGUACAAGCGUUAUCCCUACCGCUAUUGGAGGCCCUCGAUGUCACAGAUAUCCUCGCAAGCCUCAGUCCCAUCAACGAAAAUGACCCUCGCUUCAGAAACCACGUCCCCCCCGGCUACGGCGACGUCCGCUCCCCCUGCCCCGGCCUAAACACACUCGCAAACCACAACUUCAUCCACCACUCGGGCAAAGGCAUGACAAUCCCACACCUAAUCAAGGGCCUAGCCCAAGGCAUGAACAUGGGCGCAGACUUUGCCACUUUAAUCGGCGCCACUGGCCUCCUCGCCUCUGCAGACCCCCUCUCCCUCUCCUUCAACCUCGACGACCUAAACCAGCACAACUUCCCCACCGAACACGACGUCAGCAUCUCCCGGCCAGACGCCUACUUCGGCGACGCCACCGCCUUCAACGCAAGUGUUUGGAACGACUACAUCUCCUUCUUCUCCGGCAAGAUGUCUACGGACCUUGAUACCACGGCAAUAGCGCGGUUCUCCCGCUUCGAAAACAGUAAGCGGUAUAACCCCGAACUGGUAUUUGGACUUAAAGAAGAGAUUCUGAGUCUGGCGGAGAAUUCGCUGUUGCUGCAGACAAUGGGGGGUGCGGGGUCUGACAAGGCGGAUUUGCGGUUCGUGAGGACGUUUAUUCAGGAGCAGAAGUUGCCGUUUGAGCUGGGGUGGAGGCCGAGUAAGGCGCCUAUUACGCUGCUGACUUUGGGGGCUAUGAGUGUGGAGAUUUUGAAGAAGAGCCCGGAUACGGGGAAUGAGUUGGGGACGGUUACGAAGGAUUCUUACAAGGAUAUUCUUAUUCUUGGGGCGGGAGGACUGGAGAUUUUGGGCAAUUUGACACAGGGGAUUAGUGAGACGCUUGGGCUUUGA